AAAAUUAUUUAUGUACGAAAAAAUAAAAUUUUUUUUAUUCUCAAUAUUUUAACUGUAAUCUAAUAUAUAAAAUUCUCGUGUCACAGUUUUCGUUACCAUACUCCUCCGAAACGGCUUGACCGAUUUUGAUAAAAUUUUUUGUGCUUAUCCGGUAUCUAUGAGAAUCGGCCAACAUCUAUUUUUCAUCCCCCUAAAUGUUAGGGGUAGUCCACCCCUAAAUUUUUAUUUUUAUUUUUUAGACAAAAUUUUUAAUUUCUCUUGUUUUAUGAUACAACAUACAAAAAUACAUACAAUCCUAAAUUUUCACCCUUCUACGAUCAACCGGGAAUGAUUGCCGGGAAAAUCCAUAAACAGCAUUUUUCUAUUUCCCAUACAAACGUUUUUUAAACAAAAUGGAGACUACAAUAAUAGUAGGCGCCGGAAAUUUUCUCAAUUUGAUUAAUUACAAUUUACGAUGCCGAGGAGAAGACUUAGGUCGUCGUAGUCAAUUAAAUGUGCGAAGAGCUACCUCACGUGCUAGCCGCACUGAUGACCAGAGACAGACAGAAGAAAAUAGUCGUAUUGCUAUGUCAGAACUGCGUUCUUUAGUGAGUGACAAUGUAGGAGAUAAGCUUAGAAUGCAACGAGUUCGUGUACAUCAAACACAACAACAGCAAGCUAGACAUAAUGAAAAUGAGCGAAUCCGCAGACGCAGUGCUUCUGUGAUUCUUGAACGAGCUGCAUUCCACUAUGAUCCGGCAAUUGAUUAUUGUGCCGACAAAACAGUUACAAUUGCGGAAAUGAAAACACUUUGUAAAUAUUGUAAGGCGUUAAAGUACACUGGUAAAUCUACUGGAUUAUGUUGCGCUGAAGGCAAAGUAAAAUUGCCACAAUUGGUCCCACCACCAGAUCCUUUACGCUCCUUAGUUUCUGGGAUUGGAAAUGAUUCGAAGCACUUUUUGACCAACAUUCAGAAAUAUAACAACUGUGUUCAGAUGCCAUCAUUUGGUGCUACACAUAUUAUACAAGCCAAUUUCAUGCCCACUUUUAAGAAUCAAGGACAAUUUUAUCACUUACUGGGAACUCUGUUACCACUACCUGAUGCAGAUCAUCAAUUUUUACAAAUUUAUUUUAUGGGCAAUUCAGAUGCGGAAAUUAAUAUUCGUUGUGCUCACAAACCAACAGUAAAGAGAACCAUUGUCCAACAAUUACAAAUUUUUCUUCAUCAGAAUAACAAUUUAGUAAACAUGAUCAAAAUAGCAUUGGAUCGGAUGCCAUCUGAUAGCCAUAAUACUGGAAGACUGGCUGUGAAAAGACUGAUGAAUAACGUCAUUGAGACAACAAUCAUAAAAGGAAAAUACAAAGGAGAGGAUGUCUUGAUCCCGCGGAUACCAAUGAUUCCAACGGACACACCAUUCGAUUUUAAACGCUUACAAUUUCCGGUACGUCUGGAUUUUGCGAUGACUAUAAAUAAAUCGGAAGGACAAUCGUUAGAAGUUUGUGGAAUCAACUUGGAGUUUCCCUAUUUCGCGCAUGGACAAUUAGACGUCUCGUGUUCGGGCGUCGGAAAACCGUCUUCUUUGUUUAUUUACGCACCACAAAAUAAAACAAAAAAUAUAGUUUAUGAGAAAGCUUUUAAUUAAUUAACACACUGUAUUUUAACAGUGUGUGUCUGUGAAUAUCAAAUUUAAAUUUUA